AUGUCACAGUCAAUUGAAUGGCAACAGCUUGAUGCAGAGCACGCUGACGCCGCUUCCAUCCAUUUUUCUGGUGAUGUUACUCACGAUGAUCAUCAUGAACGCCAGCAGAAUGUAAUUGAAGUUGUAGAUAGUGGUGAUCAUCGUCUUUCGGAUGACGAACUGCAAGUCCAGUAUGUGCAUCGUCUCAAACCACACGAACUGAGGAGGCAACGUAUGGAUGCGGCUCGUGAGGCCUUGCGCCGUGCUGCUAAUCGUCAACCGAAGCCAAUUGCUUCGCAAACCCUUUUUUCAUCCUACAAAUGUCCGAUUUGUCUCUGUCCACCUAAGAACUUGAGUGUCACUCCAUGCGGCCACAUUUUUUGUGGCCCAUGUUUGUAUGAUGCUCUUUCAGUGAAUACACGAGAGGCAAACCAGGCUUCCGGUCUUGAAUCAACUGCCUCGCAUGACACUGAUAAUGCCAAUCAUUUGUUCACGCCUUUUGGAAGCGGGGGUGCUUUGGCACUUGCCAAUGCUGCAGGCGCUUCUGUUGGCGGCACACGUGGCUUGUUUCAUGAACUCGUAAAUCAGCGGCGGCGGCAGCAGCAGCAGCAUUCACAAGACCCGCGAGCAACACAUUUGUCGGUCUCUCAGGCAUCAACGCCCAUGUCAGCCACACGUCUUCGUGCCUCGAAUGGUACAGAGCGUAUGAAAGGUCUCUGUCCAGUGUGUCGAAGUCCAAUUAAAGGGGGCUUUACAGGGUUGGGCCGCAAAGGUAUUCUUGGCUUGGACAUCAUGGUAGGCACGCCAGGUCCAGCCACAUCCUCGACACCGCCGCCACCGUCUGCGCAGUCUGUGUCAUGGUCGCCGACAUCGUCAACCCCCGAAACACCACCUGUCCCCAAACGCCAACGGCGAUGA